GGUGUUCCGUCCUGGUAGCUCGUCAUUGUGAGUGCUCGUCUUUUAGCUUUGUGGCUAGGUUGGUUGGCAGUCGGUUGUUUUCUUGUUAGCCUUCCUGUGGUCUGCCGUCGCUACCGCAUAUUCGGUCGCUAUCUGCACGCACCAUAUAAUACAGAUGGACCAGCAGGACCAGAACUAUAUGUUUGCAAGUCUCACACGGCCUCACUCGGAGCAGCUGCUGCAGGGUCUCCAGCUCCUGCGGCAGGAUCACGAACUGUGUGACAUUGUUCUCCGAGUGGGUGAUGCCAAGAUCCAUGCCCAUAAGGUUGUGUUGGCCAGCAUCAGCCCCUACUUCAAGGCCAUGUUUACAGGUAACCUCUCAGAAAAGGAGACCUCUGAGGUGGAGUUCCAGUGCAUUGAUGAGGCUGCUUUGCAGGCCAUUGUGGAGUACGCAUACACGGGAACGGUGUUUAUCUCCCAGGAAACAGUUGAAUCCCUGCUGCCGGCUGCCAAUUUACUCCAGGUUAAGCUUGUACUUAAGGAGUGCUGUUCCUUCUUAGAAAGCCAGCUGGAUGCUGGGAACUGUAUAGGGAUCUCCCGCUUCGCAGAGACAUAUGGCUGCCAUGACCUGUGCUUGGCUGCUACUAAGUUUAUCUGUGAGAACUUUGAAGAGGUCUGUCAGACGGAGGAGUUUUUUGAACUAACAAGAGCGGAGCUGGAUGAAAUAGUUUCUAAUGACUGUCUUAAGGUAGACACGGAGGAGACUGUGUUUUACGCCUUGGAAUCAUGGAUCAAAUAUGACGUAACAGAGAGACAGCAGCAUCUCGCUCAGUUGUUACACUGUGUUCGCCUUCCACUUCUCAGCGUCAAAUUCCUCACUCGCCUAUAUGAAGCCAACCACCUUAUACGAGACGACCAUGCAUGCAAACACCUGCUCAAUGAGGCCCUUAAAUAUCAUUUUAUGCCUGAGCACAGACUUUCUUAUCAGACUGUGUUGUCAGCGAGGCCCAGGUGUGCCCCCAAGGUGCUGCUUGCAGUAGGAGGCAAGGCUGGACUGUUCGCCACAUUAGAAAGCAUGGAAAUGUAUUUCCCUCAGACUGACUCAUGGAUCGGACUGGCCCCUCUUAGCGUCCCCCGGUACGAGUUUGGAGUGGCUGUGCUGGACCACAAAGUGUACGUAGUGGGAGGCAUCGCCACGCACAUGAGGCAAGGCAUCAGCUAUCGGAGGCAUGAGAGCACGGUGGAGGCCUGGGACCCUGAAAGCAACACGUGGUCCUCGGUGGAGCAUAUGGCCGAGUGUCGCAGCACACUUGGGGUGGUGGUCCAGGCUGGAGAGCUGUAUGCUUUGGGUGGCUAUGACGGCCAGUACUACCUGCAGUCUGUUGAGAAAUACGUCCCCAAGUUGAAGGAAUGGCAACCGGUGGCACCCAUGACAAAGUCCCGCAGCUGCUUUGCUACGGCUGUGUUGGAUGGCAUGAUCUAUGCUAUUGGAGGGUAUGGCCCAGCACACAUGAACAGUGUGGAGAGGUAUGACCCCAGCAAGGAUGCCUGGGAAAUGGUAGCCCCCAUGGCAGACAAGAGGAUCAACUUUGGUGUCGGUGUCAUGCUCGGCUUCAUAUUUGUGGUGGGUGGGCACAACGGAGUGUCCCACCUGUCCAGUAUUGAGAGGUACGACCCCCAUCAGAACCAGUGGACAGCCUGUCGGCCAAUGAACGAACCUCGUACUGGUGUUGGUUCUGCCAUUGUGGACAACUACCUCUAUGUAGUAGGAGGGCACUCCGGGUCGUCUUACCUGAACACUGUCCAGCGCUACGACCCCAUCUCAGACAGCUGGUUGGACUCCAGCGGCAUGAUGUACUGCCGUUGCAAUUUUGGUCUGACUGCCCUUUGACCAAUGGCCUGUUCAGCUAGGACUCAGUAAAACAAUUUCUGAAAGAAAACUUUUCUUUUUUGUUACCUGCUCUCCUGUUUUCCCCACAUUCGUUCUCCAGGAGCAAAUGCACACCUGAAAGAACAUCUGAGCGUUUGCUUGGGUGGCUGGGUGUGCACAAAUAGCUGGCUGGUUGGAUGGAGGGGAUCCCAGUCUCGCUGCAAAGAUGUAAAAGUGUAAAGGUUGUGCAGCAGAGGGAAGGGAGGAAGAUGUCUGGAUGGAAGAUGGCGCAGGCACCUGGAUACGAGUGCUGCCGGACCACUACGAGUACUUCGAGCCAUGUCCCAGGGGGUUGUAGGAAAUUUUUGUUACAUUAGCUGACAUUUAUGUCCUCUAUUUUACACGUCAGUACGUUUAAUGCUUAAGAUUUACAGCUGCAUUCAGAACUAUGUUACAGUUUUGUAGAACACUGCAGUUUGCUUGUGUCUUUGUGCGAACCUGUGGUUGUUGGUGUGUAUGCACGAGAGGGUAUGUGCAUGUCGGAUGGAUCCGUUUUUUUUUUUGGUUUUUUGUUACUUGUCCGCGUGUAGAACUAAUGCUCGAGCUCAGUGAGGCGACGAGUUCUGCAUCCAAAUCAGUGCUUCACAGGAAGAAAAAAGAGCAAACUUAGAAACUUUAUAUUUUCCUCAAAGGGCUGCCUUUCUCUUUUGUAAAUAGUAUAAAUUAAAUAUAUAGAUAAAUAUAUCCUCUAGUGCAUUGCCUGUACAUGUUUAUCUGCACUGGGUCACUAAUGUGUGUGCGAAUGUGUGUGAUUUGAUUCACUCGAGAGGGAGGAGUUUUCCCCUUAGUUUGUCGCUUCUGCCUUCAUCCUCCAUAGUUUCAUAAAAAAAAUCAACAAAUUUUAAAGGUCAGGUCAUGAACGCACUUGUCUCUAUAAUGGUUGAAACGUGUCUCAGCCAAUUUUGUCCACAAUAUUAACUGGUGCUAUAUUUAGGAUUCAGGACUUAGCUGUUUGUCUAGGUUGCUGCACAUGUUCUAGUCAGUGUAUGCUUAAUCUCCAGGUCAUUUUUUACAUUUGAUGCUAGCAAUCUGCUUUAUGGGCAUUUAAAUGCAUGACAUCCUAAAUGGCCCCUCACCAUGCAAUAAAAUAAGUUUCGAUAAAAAGGGAAAGAAAAUACUCAUUUUUUUCUUAUAAAGGUGCAUGUUUUAAAAACUGGAAUAUCAUAAAAAAAAUAAAUUCGAAAAAAAAAAAAACGUUAAAAACUUUAUGGAGUUAUUACCCACAGAGUGAUAUAUCUAAAGUGCUUCAGUUAUAUUCAUGAAUAUUUAAUUAUAUUCAUGCAUUCAUUUAGUUUGUAGUAUAAUCAAUCAGUACUUGUGUGAAGUAAAAGAAAUGGAAAUAAAUCUGAAAAAUAAAUCUGAAGCUCCAUAAAACUAGCAAAACAGGAAAGCGCUCAGAAAAAAUUGGUACAGUUCCUUAUGGACCCUUUUCCAUUACAUUUUUCCCUCUACUUAGCUUUCCAUUAACAUAUUCACACAUAUGGGUAUAGAAACAGGCAGCAUCUUGACCAAUCACCUUUUGUGACUUACUCUUCUUGUGGAGGGGGUCAGUGACUAUCAGUCAAUUUUCUCACGAUACUUUGGGCCACAACACGUCUUAAAAAAAGUUUCUUAUUUGCCAUGGCAUUUACACUAAACAAACACUUGAAUACAUCACUCUGUAGGUAAUAAAUUUAAAUAACCUUUAUCCUUUAGAAUUAUUGAAAUGAAACACUCAAUUUUUUAAAAUGCACCUAUUAGUGUUGCUUUCUUCCAUGUUAUGUGGCUUUCGAAGACGAAGCACCGAAGUUUGUGCAAGCCGACUCAGGCCAAGUUGUCCCCUAUCCCACCCAUCCUCAAGAGAAAUAUUGCAACACAUUAAGCAGCAGAGCUCUCUAAUAGGGAGAGUAGGUGUGUGCCGUUUUGCUGAGUCACUGUUCAUUUUCAAGUCUAGUCACUUUACAUGUGCUGGUGUUUGCACAACUUUUAACCAAGCUCUCUGCAUUGCACUUACCAAAAUAUUUGACACAUAUUGUCAUUUGAUUACCUGUUUUAUUCUUUUCUUUUUUUUUUUAAGCUAAUGGCAUUUAGAUGAUGCAAUAAGACUCUUUUUUCUCUUUGGACUGAAAAUGUUUUGUGUUUGUCUCUUUAAAAAGCCAAGGCAUCUCACAUUGCUGUAACAGAACCUCACAUGGCGUGUGGACAUUAAUGGAGCAUCUGAGGGAAUCUUUGACCCUUUGUCAUUUUGUUCUUGUACAUGGGAUGUGUUCAUUUAGGUUACAGUUUAUCAUAGAUGAUAGGCUAAAGUAAAACAGGUUAGCUUUUACCACAUUGAGGUACACUACAGACUUUGCCACUUUGCUUUUGUCUUCUGUGAAAUUUUUGUUGUUGGAUGAAAAGUUACAAUGUCAUUUACUUAGCAAAUUUGUCCAAUUGUUCCUAAUUAGUUUCUUAAUGUUUGCUUCUACAUAUGUACUUUCCAAUUAAUUGAACUGAAUUUGUAAGCAACCAGUUUGUAAUUCUAUGACAAUGUUUAUAUUUAUUUAUACUUUCUUUAGGCAAGGAUCGAGAUGCUAACCUUGAUUAAUGAUUCAUGGUAUUUAAGCAAAAAAAGUUCAUAAAAAAAUAUAGCGAAAUACUAGAGAUUUUCUUUAAAAUGGAAAAUGAGUUAUUCCUACUUUUUUGCUCUUCUAUUUCUUAUAGAGUAGCAGAUGUAUAAGAAGCUGAUAUUUGUAACAUAAUUGGCUGCUUCAGUAUCAGUGUUUGAGAUAGAUUAUGGCUCUUGGCCCAGGGUGCCACUGUGCAAAAGGAUGGCAUAGUACAUGUUCAAAACAGAAUUUGAUCAAAUCUUAUUUCAGUUGUGGAAGCACAAAAAUCCCACAUACCCCCUGCUUCUUUUU